CCCCUCCCUCCCUCCCCAGUCCUCCUUUCCUGCUUUGGUGUCUCUCCUGCAAGGGCUGCAUCGCUGUCCCUCCUGGGAUCUGGAUUUGCUAGAGCUUCUCACUAGCACAGGCAGAACGUGGAAGAAUACCAAAGGGUUCCUUCCGAUCUCUCAGAGGUUCCUUCCAAUCUCUCAUCCAGAUGGAUGAGCAAGAUUCAGCUGGCCCUGGAGCAGGAAGAGGCCAUGCCAUCCAAACUGGGAGCAGUGAGGAAUUCUGUGAAAACUCUGUGCAGAAGAUGCUGGGUGAGGAGGACACCCUCCGCUCAGAGGGGCAGAGCCAGAAGUUGAGGCAGUUCUGCUGCCAGGAGGCCAAAGGGCCCCGAGAGGUUUGCAGCCGACUCUACCACCUUGGCCACCAGUGGCUGAAGCCAGAAAGGCACACGAAAGCUGAGAUGCUGGACCUGGUGAUCUUGGAGCAGUUCCUGGCUGUCCUUCCCCCAGAGAUGGAGAGCUGGGUGAGGGAAUGCGGAGCAGAGACCAGUUCCCAGGCGGUGGCCCUGGCCGAAGGUUUCCUCCUGAGUCAGGCAGAGGAGAGAAAGCAGGAAAAGGAUCUCUUUGCAGAAAUGGACCUGGAUUCCUGUGAGACAGAGAGGCCUCCGUUGGACACCAGAGAGAGGCCACUGGGUGACAGAAUGAAGCCAGCAAGUCUUCCUGAUCCACCUUUUCAUGGAGGCAGAAGGGAAGCAGCAGCUGUGGAACCAGAUCAGGGUCCAGUGUGCUUUGAAGAUGUCGCUGUUCGUUUCACGGACGAGGAGUGGGCGUUGCUGGAUCCUGACCAGAGAGCUCUGCAUAAGUAUGUCAUGGAGGAGAAUCAUGGAAUCGUGGCCUCUCUUGAUUUUGAUGAAUUGGAAAUUGCGAACAAAGGUGAACAUGACAAAAUCCCCAGAGAGGAGAAGCCAAGUAAAAAUUUGGAGUGUGGAGAAAGCUGCAGUCAGAGCUCCCAUUCCAUUUCCCAACAAAGAAUUCUCAUUGGAAAGAAACCCUAUCAGUGCAUGGAAUGCGGGAAGAGCUUCAGUCAGAGCUACCAUCUCACUUCCCAUCAGAAAAUUCAUACAGGGGAGAAACCCUAUCAGUGCUUUGAAUGUAGAAAGAGCUUCAGUAACAGCUUCUCUCUCACUUGCCAUCAAAGAAUUCAUACAGGGGAGAAACCCUAUCAGUGUGUGCAAUGUGGAAAGAGCUUCAGGACUAGCUCCAAUCUCACUAAGCAUCAAAUAAUACAUACAGGAGAGAAACCCUAUCAGUGUGUGGAAUGUGGAAAGAACUUCAUUAAUAGCUCCUCUCUCACUUCCCAUCAAAGAAUUCAUACAGGGGAGAAACCCUAUCAGUGCGUGGAAUGUGGAAUGAGCUUCAGUCAGAGCUCCCAUCUCACUUCUCAUCAAAGAAUUCAUACAGGAGAGAAACCUUAUCAGUGCAUGGAAUGCGGGAAGAGAUUCAGUCAGAGCUCCUCUUUGAGUUUCCAUCAAAGAAUCCAUACAGGGGAUAAACCUUAUCAGUGUGUGGAAUGUGGAAAGAGCUUCAGUCAGAGUUCCGAUCUCACUUCCCAUCAAAGAACUCAUACAGGGGAGAAACCUUAUCAGUGCAUGGAAUGCGGGAAGAGAUUCAGUCAGAGCUCCUCUUUGAGUUUCCAUCAAAGAAUCCAUACAGGGGAGAAACCUUAUCAGUGUGUGGAAUGUGGAAAGAGCUUCAGUCAAAAGGCCAACCUCACUUCCCAUCAAAGAAUUCAUACAGGGGAGAAACCCUAUCAGUGCUUGGAAUGUGGAAUGAGCUUCAGUCAGAGCUCCCAUCUCACUUCCCAUCAGAGAAUUCAUACAGGGGAGAAACCCUAUCAGUGCGUGGAAUGUGGAAUGAGCUUCAGUAGAAGCGAUUCUCUCAAUUACCAUCAAAUUAUUCAUACAGGGGUGAAACCCUAUCAUUGUGUGGAAUGUGGAAAGAGCUUCAGUACAAGCUCCCAUCUCACUUCUCAUCAGAGAAUUCAUACAGGGGAGAAACCCUAUCAUUGUGUGGAAUGUGGAAAGAGCUUCAGUAUGAGCUCCCAUCUCACUUCCCAUCAGAGAAUUCAUACAAGGGAGAAACCCUAUCAGUGCGUGGAAUGUGGAAAGAGCUUCAGUCAGAUCUCCUCUCUCACUUCCCAUCAAAGAAUUCAUACAGGGGAGAAACCCUAUCAGUGUGUGGAAUGUGGAAAGAGCUUCAGUCACAGCCAAAGUCUCACUAAGCAUCAGAGAAUUCAUACAGGGGAGAAACCCUAUCAUUGUGCGGAAUGUGGAAAGUGCUUCAAACACUUCAGGACUCUCAAACGCUACUUUGUCCUUCACUUCAGGGAGAAACCCUAUCAGUGUGUGGAAUGUGGAAAAAGCUUCAGUACGAGCUCCAAUCUCACUAAGCAUCAAAGAAUUCAUAGAGGGGUGAAACCGUAUCGGUGUGUGGAAUGUGGAAAGAGCUUCAGUACGAGCUCCAAUCUCACUUCCCAUCAGAAAAUUCAUACAGGAGAGAAACCCUAUCAGUGCGUGGAAUGUGGAAAGAGCUUCAGGAGGAGCUAUGGUCUCACUUCCCAUCAAAUAAUUCAUACAAGGAAGAAACCCUAUCAGUGCAUAGAAUGUGGAAAGAGCUUCAGUCAGAGCUCUCACCUCACUAAGCAUCAGAGAAUUCAUACAGAGGAGAAACCCUAUGAGUGCGGAGAAUGUGGAAAGAGCUUCAGGAAGAGCUCCGAUCUCACUAAGCAUCAAAGAAUUCAUACAGGGGAGAAACCAUAUCAGUGUGUGAAAUGUGGAAAGAGCUUCAGUCAGAGCUCCCAUCUCACUACCCAUCAGAGAAUUCAUACAGGGGAGAAACCCUAUCAGUGUGUGAAAUGUGGAAAGAGCUUCAAUACAAGCUCCCAUCUCACUAAGCAUCAAAUAAUUCAUACAGGGGAGAAACCCUAUCAGUGCGUGGAAUGUGGAAAGAGCUUCAGGAAUAGCUAUGAUCUCACUUCCCAUCAAAGAAUUCAUACAAGGGAUAAACCCUAUCAGUGCAUAGAAUGUGGAAAGAGCUUCAGUCAGAGCUCUCACCUCACUAACCAUCAGAGAAUUCAUACAGGGGAGAAACCCUAUCAAUGUGUGGAUUGUGGAAAGAGCUUCAUUAAUAGCUCCCAUCUCACUUCCCAUCAGAAAAUUCAUACAAGAGAUAAACCCUAUCAGUGCGUGGAAUGUGGAAAGAGCUUCCAUGACAAGUGGACUCUCUCUUCUCAUCAAAGAAUUCAUACAAGGGAGAAACCCUGUCAGUGCAUAGAAUGUGGAAAGAGCUUCAGUCAGAGCUCCCAUCUCACUAACCAUCAGAGAAUUCAUACAGGGGAGAAACCCUAUCAGUGCGUGGAAUGUGGAAAGAGCUUCAGUAUGAGCUCCUCUCUCACUAAGCAUCAAAGAAUUCAUACAGGGGAGAAACCCUAUCAUUGUGUGGAAUGUGGAAAGAGCUUCAGUCAGAGCUCCCAUCUCACUACCCAUCAGAGAAUUCAUACAGGGGAGAAACCCUAUCAGUGCGUGGAAUGUGGAAAGAGCUUCAAUACGAGCUCCCAUCUCACUACCCAUCAGAGAAUUCAUACAGGGGAGAAACCUUAUCUGUGUGUGGAAUGUGGAAAGAGCUUCAGUGAGUGCUCUGAUCUUACUUCCCAUCACAGAAUUCAUACAGGGGAGAAACCCUAUCAGUGUGUGGAAUGUGGAAAGAGCUUCAGUCAAAGUUCUGAUCUCACUUCCCAUCAAAGAAUUCAUACAGGGGAGAAACCCUAUCAGUGCAUGGAAUGUGGAAAGAGCUUCAGUCAAAGUUCCCAUCUCACUUCCCAUCAGAGAAUUCAUAGCGGGGAGAAACCCUAUCAGUGUGUGGAAUGUGGAAAGAGCUUCAGUCAGAGCUCCAGUCUCACUUCCCAUCAAAGAAUUCAUACAGGGGAGAAACCCUAUCAGUGUGUGGAAUGUGGAAAGAGCUUCAGUCAGAGUUCUGAUCUCACUUCCCAUCAAAGAAUUCAUACAGGGGAAAAACCUUAUCAGUGCAUGGAAUGUGGAAAGAGCUUCAUUAGGAGCUCCUCUCUCACUUACCAUCAAAGAAUUCACACAGGGGAGAAACCCUAUCAGUGUGUGGAAUGUGGAAAGCGCUUCAGUCAGAGCUCCAAUCUCACUAAGCAUCACAGAAUUCAUAUAGGGGAGUCAACUCUCCAAAGCUGUCACUAUGAGCAGAGGACACCUGUUUUUUUAAGAUUAAAUUUGGACUUAAUUAACGGGCAUCCUUUGAACUAGGGGAUAUAAGUUUAUUUUCUAAUUUAAUCAGCCAAGUUUUUGAUCUAGAGAAGUACUUUGUGAUUGGAUCGGUAUGUUGCGGGAGGUGAGUCCCCAUUAUUUUCUUUUUAUAUAUUUUGCAUUUGCUGUUUUACUCAGCAAAUCUGCCCCCAAAGGUUAAGUGUUUGAAAUAUGCAAGCGGGCUUUCAAUAGUAUUUUGUUAUUGUUAUGGUUUAACUUCAAAAUAGACUGUGUGAAAUUUUGACUAAGAUUCUGGCAACGAUCCUCAAUAGAAUGAUAAAAAGAAUUCUUGGCUGGAGUUAUUGUGUUUUCGCUGAGACAUCAACUUGGUAGUAUCUGGGACUUCCGGUCAACCACCAUUUCUAAUUGGCAGGGGAAAUUCCUGCUCCGAGAAUCCCUGGCUCAGUGAAGGAGGGGGGAGCCACAAGAGUGCUGCAGACCCCCCAAAGAGCCUCAGAUCGAGCAUUCUGGUGACCUUGCGGGCACCCGAGGUGUUUCCUCUGCUUCCUGGUAAGCUCUAGUAAAAGCCCUGUGAGCUAGCGGAGUGGGAGACGUGGGUGCUGUGGGUUUAUUUGCUACCUCCAUUGCGUGAAGCUCCAAAGCCAGCGGACUUUCGAGCAGUCUAUUCUACCCAAAUUAACAGGAUUGGAAGCUAAUUGGACACCAUGAGUAAAAAGGAAUAAAUUCAUUAAAAGAAAUUGGAUUCGUCAUGUAUUGUUAAAACAGAAUUUGGAUGUGAUAUGUCUACAAGAAACACAUGUGAUGAGAAUGCAUAGAAAAAUUCUACAAAAUAAAAGGCUGGGCCAAGAUUAUAUAUCAGCAGAUAAAGUAAAAAAGAAAGGAGGAGUAAUUUAUGUAAAAGAAAAAAUUGAUUCAAGAAUGAUGUUCAAGGAUGAGGAAGGGAGAUAUGUUGCAGUUGAAGUAAUAGCACAAGGCAAAAAACUUUUAAUGCUUGGAAUUUAUGCACCAAAUGAAGGAAAGGCCGAAUUCGUUAAGAAGAUUCACAAUAUACUUCUGGAUUAUUUGGAUUACAAAAUCGUCUUGAUGGGAGACAUGAUUGGGGUAGUCUCCACAUUGAUGGACAGAUAUCAAAGACAGAAAAUCUCCAAUGAAGGGAGACUACCAAAUACUUUCUUUGCAUUGACCGACAAUUUAGACAAGAUUGAUACAUGGAGGUUGAAAAAUUCAAUGGAAAAGGACAGUGCAUUCCCCCCCCCCAGAUGCCAAUCAGUUGUGGAGCCGUUUGGACUAUAUAUGGCUAGCUAGAGAAUUGGCCCGAAGAGUUGCCAAGGCAGAAUUUGCCCACGGACUUGUUCUGACCAUAAUGCUGUUUUAGUAGAAUUAAAGCUGUCUCUUCAAGGUUCCUUUAGAUGGAGGAUGAACGGUGCACUGAUGAGGAAUGAGGAGAUUGUGAAGAAAGCCCAAAAAACCCUAAAGGAUUAUUUUAAGAUAAAUUUGAAUACAGAUGGGCGAUCUGAACGGGGUGAUGUCAUUGGAAAUGGACAGAACAAUUAGGCAAAAGGAUACUAGGGGGGGCAGACUUCCAAAUACUUUAUGUGAAUUGGUUGACCAUUUCAAUUUGAUAGAUAUUUGGAGAACCAAACAUUUGUUAGAUAGAGAAUUCACAUUUCAUUCUGAUGUAUAUGGAAGCAGUUCAAUAAUCCAUGUGAUAUGGGUGUCUAAAGAAUUAGAAUUGAAGGUAAGAAAAAUACAGAUAUUGCCAAGAACAAUAUCAGACCGUAACCCUGUUUUUUUUUUAGAAACGCAAAAUGAAAAUCCACGUUUAGGUGAUUAAAUGAGGAUCUGCUAGAUGAUCAAAACUUUACAGAGGGUCUCUUUCUGCUGUGGGGUGUGUGCUUGCGUAGGUCUGCCUAGCAAUGGAAAACACUGGGAUCUCCUUCUGCCCUUCUUUGAUAGGGCUUGUGUACAUUCAUCUUCUCCCUCUGGGGGGCCACUGAGGUUUGUAAACUGGUGGUUGGGGGGGGCAAGCAGGAAGGAUUGCACCAUCUCUCUCUGCAUGGCUCAGAGCCAGCUGCCUCCCGACUUCUGCUGGGUGUGAAUAAUCGCUGCAGCAGGAGCCGAGGGCCUGGCAUGGAUGAGGCCUCAUUCUGGCCUUCUGCUCCACUGAGCAAAUGCAAAAGAAGCUGAGGCUCCGGGGUGGAGAUUAGGGAUUGCCACAGAAUCACAGAAUGUUAGAGUUGGAAGGGACCCCCAGGGUCCAAUAGUUCAACCCCCUGCAAUGCAGGAAUCUCAGCUCAAGCAUCCAUGACAGAUGGCCAUCCAACCUCUGCUUAAAAACCUCCAAGGAAGGAAAGUCCACCACCUCCCGGGGGAGACCGUUCCACUGUCAAACAGCUUUUAUCCUCAGAAAGUUCUCCCAAAAGCUGAAUCAAAAUGUCCUUUCUUGUAACUUGAACUGCCAGAAUCCAUUGGUUUGGGUCCUACCCUCCAGAGCAGGAGAAAAGAAUUUGAAUAUGAUUAAGACAAAUAUGUUAAUUAAAAAUGUAAUAAAACAAGAAAUCAAUCGAUUACCAGAAAAAGUAGGAUUGAAGGUGGUGGAAAAAACAAAAUAUAUUGGGAUUUGGAUAACCAAUAAUACAAAUAAUUUAUUAAAGGAUAAUUAUAAUAGAGUAUGGAAAGAAGUUAAAAAAAGAUUUGGAAAAUUGGGAACGAUUAAAUUUGUCAUUAUUAGGUAGAAUAGCGGCCAUAAAAAUGAAUAUACUCCCCAAAAUGAUAUUUUUAUUCCAAAUGAUCCCAAUAUUAGGAACGGGAAAUAAUGUCUUCCAACAAUGGAAGAAAGAUUUGAUGAAAUUUAUUUGGAAGCACAAACCUGCUAGAAUAAAGUAUAAAUUAUUAAUUGAUGCUAAAGAUAGGGGAGGCCUGGCACUACCUGACCUCAACCUUUACCAUGAUGCAGCAGGAUUUGCAUGGUUAAAGGAAUGGAUGAAAUUGGAGAACAAUGAUUUAUUAGAUUUGGAAGGGGUGGGGAACAAAUUUGGGUGGCAUGCCUACCUGGUAGAGGAUAAGGCGAAAAUACAUAAAGGGUUCAACAAUCACGUUAUUAAAUGAUCUCUUUUAAAGAUUUGGAACAAAUACAAAAGAUUGCUGGAACCCAAAACUCCCAGGUGGGCAUUGCCAAUAGAAAUAAUUACAGUAAAGAAAUUAAAUUCGAUAAAAAAGUGGAGGAGCCAUAAAGAGCUAUUAGAGGAUAAGGAGGGAAAUCUUAAAUUAAAAGAAUAUGGGGAGAUAAAACAUCAUUUAACUGGAUGGAUCCAGUAUCACCAAAUUCAUAGUAAAUUUAAGGAACAUAAACAAAGAUUAGGUUUUUCGGAGGAACCCUCCCUAUUGGAAAAAUUUUUAAUACAACCAGAAAUUAAAAUAAUAUCAAGGAUGUACAACGUGCUGCUGGAGUGGGAAACCAAAGACGAGAUGGGAAAGGAGACGAUGACGAAAUGGGCUAUUGACAUAGGAAAAAAUAUAUAAAUGGAACAAUGGGAACAAUUGUGGGGGGAAAUAUGGAAAUUUACAGCCUCGGAGGGAGUAAGGGAGAAUAUGAUUAAAAUGUUCUAUAGGUGGCAUCUAACCCCGGUAGAUGUACAAGACAAAGGACAUAAGAUGUACAAGACAAAGGACAACUUGUGUUGGAAAUGUAGGGGGGAAGCGGGGACAUACAUACAUGCGUGGUGGCACUGUGGGGGAAUAAAAAACUUAUGGAAUCAAGUUUUUGAAGAAAUUAAAAAAAUACUUAAGUAUAAUAUAAAGAAAACUCCUGAAUCCUUUUUGCUGGGUAUAAUAGACAAUACAAUUAAAAAACAGGAUGCAACACUGUUCUUAUAUGCAGUAACAGCGGCAAGAACUCUGAUUGCUUCCUAUUGGAAAAAGAAAGAAGUACCCAGUAUCUCAGAAUGGCAGGAGAAGCUAUUUACAGUGGAACCUCGGUUUAUGAAUUUUCGGUUUACGAACGCCGCGGACCCAUCUGGAACGGAUUAAUUCAUUUUCCAUUACUUUCAAUGGGAAAGUUCGCUUCAGUUUAUGAACGCUUCAGUUUAUGAACAGACUUCCGGAACCAAUUACACCCAUGCUUCAGUUUAUGAACACUUCAGUUUAAGUACUCCGCGGACUGUCUGGAACAGAUUAAUCCACUUUCCAUUACUUUCAAUGGGAAAGUUCGCUUCAGUUUAUGAACGCUUCAGUUUAUGAACAGACUUCCGGAACCAAUUGUGUUCAUAAACCGAGGUACCACUGUAGUUAUAUUUAGAUUUGGACAAUUUGACUAAUUCAAUUAGAGGAUAUAUUAAUAAAAAAUUCCACCAAAACUGGGAAAAGUUUGGAGAGUAUAUGAAGGGACAAUGCCCCACAGUAAAAUCUUGGGUCUAUUUCUAACAUCUCACAUUGAGCCAACCUGAACUAAUUCAUAUGGAGGUAGCUGAAUAACGGUGAUUUAUCAUUUUAUUUGUUAUAUUUUAUUUAGGAAGUCGGAUGUCAUUCGAGUCUAUACCUUAUUUGAUGAUUAUUGGAGAUAUCCAUUUAAGUAUACAGAAUUAGGAGUGCAGUAUUAGAGAAUAAUAGUUAAAGAAAUCUGAGAUAGAGAUAAGUGGAAGUCUUUUGUGGGAGAAGUAUAGGUAGGGGAUCGGGAAUAUUGUUGAAUUGAUAGGAUAUUGCUGAUUCUGGGUACGAAUGAUUAGCCGAAUGUAUGUUCUUUCUUUUUCGUUUCUUAUUGUUUAUGUAUUAUUAGUAAUUUUUGUGUUUAUAAAUAUUAUGAUUAUUAUUAUUUAUAUCAUAGUAUGAUGAUGAUUAUUUGGAGAUGAAGUUAUAGAUUAUCUUUAUGUUAUAUUAUUAUUAUUAUAUGAUUCUGUACAUUAUUACAGUGGUACCUCUACUUACGAAUAACUCUACUUACGAAUGUUUCUACUUACGAAUGGAGCUCCGUCCACCAUCUUGGAUGCGGCUUGAUAGGAUUUUUUCUACUUACGAAUUUUUAGAUAGGGUUGCUUCUACUUACGAAUUUUUUCUCCCAAUGCAUUCCUAUGGGAUUCGACUUACAAAUUUUUCUGACUUACAAAUGUGUGUUCGGAACGCAUUAAAUUCGUAAGUAGAGGUACCACUGUAUUUAUAUAUUAUUGUUUGUUUGUAUGCUUGAUUUUUUUCUGAGUGUGUGGUGAAUGUAUUUUAAUCCAAACUUAAAUAAAGCUUAUUUUAAAAUUUUGAAAAAAGAAGAAGAAGAUGGCUCUCCUAUCUCUUCUCAGUCUCCUCUUUCCCAGGCAAAUUUACCCAGCUCCUUCAACUGUUCCUCAUCAGGCUGGGUUUCAAGAUCACAGUCCUCUGCAUAUGUUGCAGCUUGUCAACACCCUCCGUGAGUUGGGUCAGCCAGAAUGGGACACAGGACCCCCGGUGGGGAGGGCAGAGCACAGCCCCCAUGAACCACCCACCGUUCUCUUGCCCUCCAUGAACUCAGCUGCUCCUCCUCCCUCUUUUGAAGCCAUGCAGGUAGGUGGCCCUCACUGCCUCCUGCAGAAGGGAGUUUCAUAGUUUAACUCUCUGCUGUCUGAAGGAGGACUUCCUUUUAUCUGUCCCGAAUCUUCCAGCUUCCUUGGCUGUCCCUGAGUUUGAAUAUUAUGAGAGAGGGAGAAUUAGUUUUGCCUUUCCCCUUUCUUUGUACCAGGCAUGAUUUCACGAGCUUCUUUCAUGUCACCUGUUCCGUGUCUCUUCUCUGAACCAAGAGGUCCCAAAUGCUGCAGCCUCUCUUGA